AUGCGUAUACGCGAUUUAUUUCGUGGACCAUCCAGUAAUGAACGAAAAUCGACUAUUUCUUCGUCGAUUUCAUCGUUGAUACCAACAUUUGAUGUAACUGCCUUUGUCAAUGCCGCUCAAGAUAAAGAUACAGACAUAUUACACAAGUAUUUGCUAGCAGGUUUCCCACCGGAUCAACCGGAUCCUACGUCAAAAUCAACAGCAUUACAUGUAGCUGUUGAAUCAGCUAAUAUACGUGCUAUUCAAAUGUUAAUUCAAGCCGGUGCACAAGUCAAUGCAACGGACGCUAGUUUUUCAACGCCACUUCAUAUAGCAGCUUACAUGAGCAAUGAAGAAAUUGUACAUAUACUUUUGUUACACGGUGCUGAUAUCUAUAAACGAGAUAAUACAGGUCGAAAUCCUUUUCAUCUAGCUGUUUCAACGGGAAAUAAUCGAUUGGUUCAACAAUUUAUAUCGAUACCUGAUGUAGGACAAAAUAUUAUUCAUACAGCUGAUGCUCAAAAUUGGACACCACUCAUGUGUGCUUGUGCUAGUAAUUAUCCAGCCACAUGUGCACUUCUUCUAUCCCAUAGUGUUGAUCUCUGUGUAGUCAAUGAUGAUGGUUUAACAGCAAUUCAUAUAGCUGCUUUUCUCGGUUCUUUACCAGUUCUUCAAGAGCUUUUAAAUUCAUCAUCAAAUGAUGAACAAAUUUCUAAAGCCUUAAAUCAAGGCGAUAAUCGAAAUCAAACACCGUUAUUUUAUGCUUGCAUUGAAGGUCAUCUAGAUGUAGCCUUAACUUUACUUCGUGCUGGUGCUAAUGCUUAUCAUUUAGAUAAUAGUGAUCAAACAUGUUUACAUGCAAUGCUUUCAUCAACGAUUAUUUUAAAACGACAUAUUCGUUUAUUCUAUCAUUUCAUUCAAUUUGUUGAUUAUCGUUCGAAUCAAGAUUAUCUUAAACGAACAUUACUCGAUCUUGCUUAUAUAAAUCAAUUAAAUACAAUCAUAUAUUUAUUAACACUACUCAACUAUAAAACAAAUACCACUACAGAUUCUAUUAAUCCAAAAAAUGAAACUCAUACAUCGUAUAAUCAUAAACAAAUGCUUUCUCUUCGUGAUAUAUGUAUACUUAAUUUUAAACGUUCGAUCAAUCAUCGUCGAUAUCCAACACAAUCAACGCAACAUGAUUUACUUGUCGAUGCUUUACAACGAACAUUUCAAAUCGUUUCACAUAAAGAUUUAUUAAAUGUGAAAACAAAUAAAUUAAUAGAAUAUCCCAUUGGUAAAUCAUUCGAUGAUAUAUCACUUUUACAACAACAACAGCAAUCGACUAAAUACCAGAAAAAUGUCAAAGCAACAAAAACUCCUGAUAAAAAAAUGAGGAAAACGUCAAGUAUUUUUUCGACAACAUCAGUAGCAAAUAAAUGGUCAUCACAAACUGAUUUACAACAUUCACAUUCAACUUGGUCGACAUUCACAAAUAAAAUUAAAGGUCAACGAUUACCUCAUGCACCAACGAAUACACUACAAAUACCCAUAGACGAAGAAACAAAUUCAUCGCAAUUAUUAUCAAUAAAUCCAAUGAAAAAUAUAGUUUUCGAACUAUUAAUAUCUCCAACAAAACUUGAUAAUUUACUCGAUUUUCCGUCAUUAAAAAAUGAUUAUUUACUGAAUGAAGAUUUGAAAAUGUCAAUGAAUAAAUAUAAUUUGUUAGGUACUGAUUUAAUGAGUCAAACGUAA